AUGUUGCUUGUUUUUUUUAUAUAUCCACAUAAAAUCCUAAUCUAUUGGUAUUUAAUUGUUUCAGUUGUUGGAGAGUUUGGCAGAAUUGCUAUUGAAUUUUUACGGAAAGGUUCCAAUCCAAAAGUGUAUGAAGGUGCUGCACGAAAGUUAGAGGUCAGUAGUAGCACCAUUCAGCAGGCUGUAGAGGGGCUCACUUACCUUCUCACAGAGAGCUCCAAACUUAUGGUUUCAGAAAUUGAUUUUCAAGAUUCUGUGCUUGUCCUGGGAUUCCCAGAAGAAUUGAAUAAAGUUCUCCUCCAACUAUAUCUAGAUAACAGGAAAGAGAUCCGCCAAAUUCUGAGUGAACUGGAACCAGAUUUACCACAUUACCACAACCUGGAGUGGCGACUGGAUGUUCAGCUUGGCAGCAGAAGUCUAAGGCAUCAAGUAAAACCCACCAUGACAAUGAAACUUCACUUGAAGCAGAACGACAAUGUCAACACCAGUGUAUUACAGACCGACCCCGCAACACUAAUCCAUAUCAUCCAGGAACUGGAGCAAGCUCUCGCAGAGAUGAAGACAAACCACUGUCGCAGAAUUGUGCGCAAUAUUAAAUAA